ACAGCUUAAAAAAUGAAAUAAAAAUCCUCUUCCUCAUUGGUAAACAAAUACGCAUAUUUUUUAUUUUUUUGUAAUAAUGAAGUAUUAAGUUAAAUUUGUCAUUCCACAGUCGACGAGUCAUAACCAUAAUCAAAGAGACAAUUCCCAUUUUCAAUGGCUAAUGUGGCAACACAACCAUGUCUUUCAUGGACGCGUGGUUCAAUUCCCAUUUCCAAACGCAACAAACGACGUCGUUUAAACGGUUUCACGCGCUUGAAAGUUGUAGCUGCUGCUGUGGUGGAAGCGACGCCUAAUUCAAGCAGCGUAGUUUCUGUGAGAAACGGAACCAACCGAGUCCUGACACUUCCACUGAAUCGUGCUGAUGAUAUCCAAGCCGAGUCCAGAGCUAUGAGUCGUGCCAUCGAUGCCACUCUCUAUAGUCCUCAACUUUUGGCUUCCAAAUAUGGCUCCAUGCCCAUCAAGUUGGUUCAGAGGACUUUUGAGAUUGUGAGUGCUUUGGGUUCAUUUGGGUUGAAGCUAUUUUUGGAGCAGAAAAAUGGGACACUUGAUAAGAAUAAAAGGGCUCGUGCUGCUGAAUUGAAGUGCAUAUUCACACAGCUGGGACCCACUUUUGUGAAGUUGGGUCAAGGAUUGUCCACUAGGCCUGACUUAUGUCCACCUGAAUAUUUAGAGGAACUCUCUGAGCUUCAGGACGGUUUGCCUACAUUUCCUGAUGAGGAGGCCUUUGCAUGCAUUGAAAGGGAAUUAGGAUUAUCCCUUGACUCCAUUUUUUCUUCUAUAACACCAUCACCUAUGGCUGCAGCUAGUUUAGGUCAAGUUUAUAAAGCUCGGUUGAAGUAUUCGGGUAAACUCGUGGCUGUCAAGGUGCAACGUCCUAGCAUUGAGGAAGCUAUAGGAUUGGACUUCUACCUAAUAAGAGGUCUUGGGAUUUUCAUAAAUAAAUAUGUGGACAUAAUCACCACUGAUGUUGUUGCUCUUAUCGAUGAAUUCGCACGUAGAGUUUUUCAAGAACUCAACUAUGUGCAGGAGGGACAAAAUGCAAGAAGGUUCAAAAAACUGUACGCUGACAGGGAAGAUAUUUGUGUUCCUGAUGUUUUCUGGGAUUAUACAAGUGCUAAAGUAUUAACAAUGGAUUGGGUUGAAGGAGUCAAACUAAAUGAUCAAGAAGCUAUUGAGAAACAAGGAUUGAAAGUGUUGGAUCUUGUGAACACAGGCAUACAAUGCAGCCUCAGACAACUACUCGAAUAUGGAUAUUUCCAUGCUGAUCCUCAUCCUGGGAACCUUUUAGCAACACCUGAUGGAAAGCUUGCUUUUCUUGAUUUUGGUAUGAUGAGUGAGACACCUGAAGAAGCAAGAUCUGCUAUAAUUGGUCAUGUUGUUCACUUGGUUAACAGGGAUUACGAAGCUAUGGCUCGUGAUUACUAUGCUCUUGAUUUCCUUUCACCUGAUGUUGAUGUUUCUCCAAUUGUGCCGGCGCUUAGAAACUUUUUUGAUGAUGCACUUAAUUAUACUGUCAGUGAACUUAACUUCAAGACACUAGUUGAUGGUCUGGGGAACGUUUUGUAUCAAUUUCCGUUUAAUGUUCCAGCUUACUAUGCUCUGAUAUUGAGGUCUCUCACUGUUUUAGAAGGUUUAGCACUUUAUGCUGAUCCAAAUUUUAAGGUGCUUGCGGCUUCAUACCCAUAUUUUGCGAAGCGACUCUUAACAGAUCCAAAUCCGUAUCUAAGAGAUGCUCUUAUUGAGUUGCUUUUCAAGGAUGGGAAGUUCAGGUGGAGUAGACUUGAAGACUUGUUAGUCCAAGGCAGUAUGGACAGAGAUUUCACGGCUAAAGAGGCACUACAACCUGUCCUGAAAGUAUUAUUGAGUCCAGAUGGUGAAGAGCUCAGGACUCUUGUUACCAAAGAAGCUGUUCGCGUAUCUGAAGCUUUAACUUUUGGCACGAUUUCUGAUACAUACAAGUCAGCUCCUGAUUUUAUGAGGACUCUUGUUUUCAAUGGCAAUGCAAAUGGUCCCCUUAUGAUGCCAGAAUCUGAAAUGCAAAGCAUGAUAGAACUUAGGGAUCAAGUAUUCAGGAUAUCGGGACUUCUGCGAUCUUCUAAUGAUUUUGAUCCAGCUCUUUUGCUACCUAUACUGCAGGUCCUUCAGCAACCUGAGGUACGCAGACUUGGGGGAGGUGUUGUGGGUGGAAUCACUCAACGCCUCGCAGCACGCUUUCUGCAGCAAGUACUUCGAGUUCCAGCAACAGCUUCUGCAUAGAUCUUGUUUUACUCUCAAAAAACAUGUGUCUUGCUAAGGUGGUUAUGAACAGGGAAGAGAGGAGUUACAUUACAAACACAGGAGGAGAAAAAAAUUAAGUUGAUUCUCAAAAUUGAUUGAUUACUUAGUUCUUUUUGAAUGGUGUAAAAGACUGUAUAUAUUACUUGUCAUUUAUUGUAAUAUAAUGAUCAACAUUAACAGAUCUAAUAAUAUAUCGUAAUAUAAAAUGUAAAGGGCUUUCUCCUGCACAUUUUUUGUC